CUCCACGGCGAAGCACAGUUCCAUCCUCGACACUGCCUUGCCCAGCACCGCCGCCCUCCAUUUCUUCCUAGAUAGAUUCUCUCGUGAGACGCACGGCACUGCGGCGCAUCAAUUGCCCUGCCUGCAAGCCCCGUCCGACGUUUGCCCUCCGUGACGUUGCGGCAACGCCUCUAGAAAUCCUCACCCUUCAAUUCCUUUCACGCCUUCUGUUGAGCUUGGACGCUCCCGUUCAACACAAUGGCCGACCCCGUGCGCGAUGUCAACAAUCACGUUCUUUUUGAAAUUGCAACCGAAGUUGCCAAUCGAGUCGGUGGCAUCUACUCGGUCCUGAAGUCGAAAGCUCAGGUCACCACCGCCGAGUAUGGCUCGUCGUACACGCUCCUUGGACCGCUCAACCGCAACUCAGCUGCAGUUGAGGUGGAAGAGAUCACGCCACACGAUCCUGCAUUGGUCGAGACAAUCAAGUCGAUGAACGAGCGCGGAAUCCAAACAUUAUACGGUAGAUGGCUGAUUGAUGGCGCCCCACGAGUGCUACUAUUUGAUACUGCAACUGCCUACGGCUAUCUUGAUGAGUGGAAGGGCGAUCUUUGGGCGUCAGCUGGCAUUCCUUCGCCCCCGGGCGAUGCGGAGACGAACGAGGCCAUUGUGUUUGGCUAUCUGAUUGCCUGGUUCUUGGGAGAGUAUGUUUUCCACGAGAAGAAAAGGGCAGUUAUUGCGCAAUUCCACGAAUGGUUGGCGGGUGUCGCCCUACCUCUCUGCAAGAAGCGACGCAUCGAUGUCACCACCAUCUUCACGACCCAUGCGACCCUUCUCGGACGCUAUCUCUGCGCCGGGUCAGUCGACUUCUACAACAACCUCCAAUACUUUGACGUGGAUGCCGAAGCCGGCAAGCGUGGUAUCUACCACCGGUACUGCAUUGAACGAGCAGCUGCGCACGCCGCCGACGUCUUCACGACCGUCUCUCAUAUCACUGCCUACGAGAGCGAACAUCUGCUGAAGAGGAAGCCAGACGGCGUUCUACCUAACGGUCUCAAUGUCAAGAAAUUCUCAGCUACCCACGAGUUCCAGAAUCUCCAUCAGCAGGCCAAAGUCAAGAUCAACGACUUUGUACGCGGUCAUUUCUACGGGCACAACGACUUCGAUCCGGAAAACACGUUAUACUUCUUCACUGCCGGACGCUACGAAUACCGGAAUAAAGGUGUUGACAUGUUCAUUGAGUCGCUUGCUCGUCUGAACCACAGGAUGAAGAGCUCAGGCUCAACCAUGACCGUGGUCGCUUUUAUCAUCAUGCCCGCGCAAACGCAGUCAUUGACAGUCGAGGCUCUGAAGGGCCAAGCAGUCAUCAAAUCCCUCCAUGACACGAUUAAAAUCAUCGAACAGAAUGUUGGCAAGAAGUUGUUCGAACGAUCUAUUGCUUGGCACGAAGGCUCGGUGCUCCCAGAAGACAAGGAUCUGAUUUCUCCCGCAGACAAGAUCAUGCUCCGUCGUCGGUUGUUUGCUAUGAAGCGACAUAAUCUCCCUCCGAUCGUCACACACAACAUGGUAAACGACGCAGAGGACCCAGUGUUGAAUCAAAUCCGUCGCUGCCAACUUUUCAACCACCCGUCGGACAGAGUCAAGGUCGUCUUCCACCCCGAGUUCUUGAACUCGUCCAAUCCCGUGUUGCCAAUGGAUUACGAUGAUUUUGUGCGCGGAACGCAUCUAGGUGUUUUCUCAUCCUACUAUGAGCCUUGGGGAUACACUCCAGCCGAAUGCACCGUAAUGGGUGUCCCUAGUAUCACAACGAACCUGUCUGGGUUUGGAUGCUAUAUGGAGGAGUUGAUCGAGAACGCGCAGGACUACGGUAUCUACAUUGUGGACCGGAGAAUGAAAGGUGUCGACGAUUCGGUCAACCAACUGUCAGAAUACAUGUUCGACUUCACCAAGAAGAGCAAGCGACAGCGUAUCAAUCAGCGCAACAGAACGGAGCGCCUGAGCGACCUGCUUGAUUGGAAGCGUAUGGGCAUGGAGUAUGUCAAGGCGCGGCAAUUAGCGCUAAGGAGGGCAUACCCUGCCGCAUUCGAAGAGGGUGAAGAGCCUGAUUUCUUCGGGUCGACCGAGGUCAAGAUCUCGCGGCCGCUGUCGGAGCCUGGUUCGCCACGUGACCGCUCCGGAAUGAUGACUCCGGGUGACUUCGCGUCGAUCCAAGAAGGCCGCGAGGGUCUCAGCACAGAAGAUUACAUAGCCUGGAAGCUACCGGAAGAGGAAGACCCAGAGGACUACCCGUUCCCGUUGACUCUCAAGCUGAAGAAGCCAGGAGGGUCUGGCGCCGUGUCGCCAGCGGUCAACGGCACCGGCUGAUCAGUGGGGUUCUGAGGUUCUGGGGUUUGGUAGCUAGUAUACAAAGGUUCUAAAUUGCAUUCUUCAGAGGGACGAGGUAGUACAAAGGUGGUGACAGUGGCCACGUCGAUCUGAGGCAGUUUUCCCUUAGGAGCUAGUCAUUGCUUCGAAUAUGUAUAGUGUGUAUCGUGCUGCAUCUUGAGAUUUUUCGGUUCGGUUUCUUUUCUCUGUACCCUACAUUUUCCCGGCAUGCUUUCUGCGCGGCACGAGUUCAUCUGGAUGGAGUUGCAUACUUGCUUCAAUACCAAUCGCUUGCCCGUGUGUUCGAUUGGCCCGACUGUGUGAAACGAAACGCGUU